UUUGUUGACAAGCUUGCGCUGUCAAAUCCUUAACUAAAACAAAAGUUGUGAUUUUUUUGCUAGAUCUGCUUUCAAUUAGUAUUAUUUAUAUAUCCUGAUAACUCCUGGAUUCCAACUAUGUCCAAGCCCGGCGAGAAAGCGCUCCAGGCCAUGAAGCAGCUGGACAAAGCGGUUGUGGUGUUCAAGAAACCAGCAGUGCCUAAAACCAAACGGGAGAAGAAAGUUAUUUUGAACGAGGAAAUUUAUCUGGAGGAAAUGGCGAAAAUUAUCCAGAGGGACUUCUUUCCAGAUUUGCAGAAACUGAAAGCUCAGAACGAAUAUCUAGAUGCCCUAGCCAGUAACGAUAUCAUUAAAUUGAGACAUAUUUUCUCCAAGUAUAACUCAAAAUCUCCACUGAUACGAGAACCGAGUCCUGCCACCUUUGAAACUCCUUUGCCGAGUGCUUCGCUAGCUCCAGAUGAACCACAAUCGGUACGAUCAACGGCCAGUACUAGCUCGACCAGGAGUACCAAGUCCAUUGGAGAUAAACAUUCGUUGGAUAGUUUCUUACAACGGUACACAAGCGAGGAUAACGAUAGUUUCCAGGAGAUUAUGGAAGCGGCAGAUAAAAAGCUGAGGCAAAAAUUCUCUGUUCUUUACGAGGCCGAGAGCAUAAGCAAAGAAGGAAUGGAGAAAUGCCUUGCGCUACCUAGUAUAGAAAGUCAGUUUGGCAAGAAUGAAAAACCGAAGGAAUUGAACAUGUGGGCUUACAAGAACAAAAACUACAUUAUGUACAUCCCGGAUGGUGUCCAAUUGAGUCGGGAAGAGGAAAUCGAGAUGGCAAACAAAAAACAAGAAAUUGAACAUGGCAACACAAGACUCAAGGAAAAUCCUUUCAAUGACCAGGAGAGCAAGCAGACAAUCACUGAUGCUGCCAAAACUAAUGCCAAAUGUUUACCGGAAAAAAUAGGCGUUGAUGGGAAGCUGAUCGAAGCAUCUCUAACUCCGGCCGUUAGAGGGUUCAAUUUUGUUAAAAGUCCUUCACCUUGUCCUGGUGUCACCGAUAGUCCCCUUUUUACGUGGGGUGAAAUUGAAGGGACCCCAUUCAGAUUAGACGCUGGAGACACUCCAUUGCAACCUGCUGCAGCUGGGCCGUCUUUUCGAAUUGCAAAAACCUCCAAAAGGGAAACACUUGCCCUACAGUUAGCCGAAAAGGCAGCGGAACAGUCCCGAUCAAAAAAGGCAAAAGCCAUUGAAGCAGCACGUCGCAAUAUAGCAUCCCCAAUGAUUCGAAAUACUUACGAUCGGUUGGCCAGUAUGUCUCCGGCAGCUAGAAGACUAGCGUCUACUAAACUUGGUUUCAACCACACUCCCAGUCCUCUUAGGACACCCAGGGUAGGUGCAUCACCAAGUGUUAAAACGCCAAGACAACCGAUUGCUAGCCGAUCCAGACCUACACCGUCACCUUCGAGUAUGAUUCGACGGAAAACGCCUUUGGUGCAGCCAGGUACAAGCAGUAAAUCAAGCGGAAGUGAUAUUGCUAGUUCUCCUGUUACAUUAACUGAUAACUUACUGGAUAUUCCUUCUGCUGGCAAACGUCCAAAAGCUGCCGACUUUUUCUGAACUGCUUAUAUAUUACGCAUGUGUAAUAAAGUUAGGUGUAAAGCAUCUAAAUG